AUGACCACUCCCCCGACUGGUCCGCCGCCCCCCGGGGGGGAGGGCGUCUCUGGUUCAGCCCCGGCGGCGGCUGCGCCACCCCCGGCACCCUAUUAUACGUCCAUCUUUGCGGCCAGCAAUCCGCUGGCUUCGGCCACAUCGUCGGAGGACGGCAUGGCCCUGCCCCCGGGGCCAGGUGCCAUGCCGGAAAGUUCCCCCUUCCCGUCGGUCGCAUCGGGAGGCCUCCCCCCCCUGCCGGCGGCCUCGGGCAUUCCCCCCGGCGUUCCGCUCCUGCAGUCGGUGCCCCGGUACCUCCCACUUGCGCCAGUGAUGGCCGCCGUUCCCGGGCGUUUCCCCCUGCCUCCAGGGCAUGUGGAGGCUCUGGAGGAACUCCCCCUCCCUCCGGGGCCUCCGGCCAGCCAGAAUACCCUAAUCACUCGGUGGACUCGGGCGGCGGGUGCCGAUGACUCGGCCCCGGCGUCGGCGACCCCCGCCGUUCCUGAAAGGGCGCCAGCUGGCGACCCGCUCGAUGGGGUUUAUCGACGACUGGCCGAUCAGGGCACUCUGCCGGAUAGCGUCCUGCUCGGGAGCUUCCUGGUCCGGGGCUUUGUGAUCGGCACGCGGCUGGUCUCUGGGCCCGAGCACACCGGCCCGGCGUCUCGCAGCUCCCCAGCCUUCGGGCCAAUGGGCAUCGGCAGCCGGGUGCGGCUUUACUCCAACCAGUCCGGACUGAGCGCCGGGAGGACUGCCCCCGGGUCAGCAUCACGGCCGAGCUCACGCUCAACUGGCGGCGUUUCCAGCGUGGCUGGCUCUCGCGGCCGUCGCUCGCGCAAAUCCCCCUUUCCCACGGCCGGCGCCGAUAAGCGCCAGUCUGAAAUCGUCUACUUUGAGCGGAUCCUCCCCCCGGGAGUGCCGCGUGGUAAUGUCGAAAUUGGCCGCCUGGCCAUGGAGCACUGUCCCUUCCUCAGCCGACUUCUCUGGCGGGGGCUGAUCUCCGCCGAGGCCAGCUGUGUUGACAUUGGCGAUUGCCCGCUCGACCGUGCGCGGUCGCUCUUGUCCACCGGCACCGAUGUCCAGCUGCUGAUCGAGGUCCACUUGAACCAGGCAGCCUAUGGCUCGACGUCGAUCCAACACACAAACUUGCAGACUUCCACCCUGGCGGACAAUGAUCGUGCCCUGGAUGCUGUGGCCUAUCAUGCGCUCUUCAAGGCGGUGGCCCCUCGCCCGGUGGCUCCUCCACCGGCGGACGUUCUCCGGCAGCUGGCUGCGGAGGAUCUCCUCUUUUCGAACGCCACACAGGCCGACCUGCCGGCCGCGCCGGAGCAUCCUACGCAGCAUGACCUCGCUGUGGGGCCUUCACCGCAGCCGGCCCCGGGCUUGGCUCCCGUGCUGGAUGUCAUGUCGGCCUUUGGCCUGUCACUGGAUGCCCUCACCCGAUCAGGGGACAUUGUCGUCGCCAUCGCCGCCACCGUCAUCAUCAGCAUCAGCAGCAUCAGCAGCAUCAGCAUCAUCAUCAUCAUCAGCAGCAGCAGCAUCAUCUUCCUCUUCUUCCUCUUCUUCCUCUUCUUCAUUAACGCCCUCACUGGGCUCGAGCUCAGCCCCGGAUUCGGGCUCAGAGCCGAUCCCAGCCUCAGGCCCCGGGUUGGCCGAUCCGAACUCCUUCGUGGCCGAACUGUCAGCUGGGCUGGCGUUGCCGAACUUUGCUAA